UAAUAAAUAAAAUAAUAACACAAUCCUUUAAAUUCACUUUCAUUGAUUUUUUACAAUGCUUCAUUGAUUCUUUUUAUAAAUAUAUAUAAUUUUCUUCACAAGAAAUAUAAAACAACCACCCAAGAACUUGACAAGUAGUCCAUGAAAUCAAAUGUAGUAGUAUUGGUAGUCACUCUGUCACUCCUUCAAAAUUUUGGGAGUGAAGAAUUCAAUCCAAAAAUUCACUUCUUUUUCAAUUUUGGAUAUUGAAAUCACUCCUUUUCGGAGUGUUUAUAUAGCUAGGAGUGACACUUUUUGAGUUUUGGAAAACGCCAUUUGUUUGUAGAAAAAAAAAUUCAAAAGAAUAGUUAAACAUGCCGAAAGAACAAUUUCGUGAAGCUGAUGUUAUCAAAAAAAUUUCCCAUGUGCAGUUUUGUAUCAACAGCCCUGAGGAGAUUCAGCAGGAAGCACACCUUAGAAUCGUUUCCAAAAACCUCUAUCAGGGACAACGCGAACCGGUUCCAUAUGGAGUUUUGGACAAAAAAAUGGGCAUAAGUUCAAAAGAUACUCUUUGUGAAACUUGUGGCCAAGGUUUAAAUGAAUGCAUUGGUCAUUUCGGAUACUUAGAUUUGGCCCUGCCGGUGUUUCACAUCGGUCACUUUCGGUCGACAAUUUGCAUUUUACAAACUAUCUGCAAAGUAUGUUCGCAUGUUAUGCUCAAAGAGCCUGAAAAGCGGUUGUAUGAAAAAAAACUGCUCAACCAAAACUUUUCAUAUCUGGCCAAAAAAUCAUUGCAUUCCCAAAUUCUUACUAAAGCUAAAAAACAAACCAAAUGUCCAAAUUGCGAUACAAUUAAUGGUGGUGUUAAAAAAGGUGUGGGAUUAAUGAAAAUCUUACAUGAUCCAUUUAAAGGAAAGAAAAGCGACCCUAUGAUAACAAAUGCUUUAGACGAACUUUUGGCUGCAACAGAGAAUAAUCGAGAAUUGAAUCAAAUGAUGAGUACAUAUAAUCACGUUGAGGAACUGAAUCCACUAACAGUAUUGGAGUUAUUCAAGAACAUACCCAAAUCAGACAUACCUCUUUUGGGAAUGACUGCAGAAAAUGCAAAUCCAGCCAAUUUGAUUGUUACUAGAGUUUUUGUGCCACCGGUUUGCAUUCGACCUUCUGUUUUGUCAGAAGUUAAAGCUGGAACGACUGAAGAUGAUCUUACAAUGAAGCAGAGUGAAAUUCUACUCAUAAAUGACGUAAUACAUAAACACAUGACCAGUGGUGGGAAGAUAGAAUUAAUUCAGGAAGAUUGGGACUUUCUGCAGCUUCAUGUGGCCCUUUACUUCCAUAGUGAAAUUUCUGGAAUACCAAUUAAUAUGGUGCCAAAAAAGCCCACUCGUGGUAUUGUGCAACGCCUUAAAGGCAAACAAGGACGUUUUCGAGGCAACUUGUCGGGGAAACGUGUUGACUUUUCUGGUCGAACUGUUAUUUCACCGGACCCAAAUCUAAUGAUUCACCAAGUUGGUGUACCUGAAAGAGUUGCAAAAAUUCUUACAUACCCGGAACGCGUCAACCCGGCAAAUAUUCAAAAGAUGAAACAACUGGUAAAAAAUGGAACAAACAAACACCCAGGCGCAAAUUAUGUUCAACAACGUGGGAGUUCUUUCAAAAAAUAUCUCGCCUACGGCAACCGCGACAAAGUUGCUCAGGACCUCAAAUCUGGUGAUAUCGUUGAGCGACAUUUAUGCGAUGGCGAUAUAGUGUUAUUCAAUCGUCAACCUAGUUUGCACAAGAUGAGUAUUAUGAGUCAUCAAGCAAAGGUUCAACCUCAACGUACAUUUCGGUUUAAUGAAUGCGCAUGUACACCUUACAAUGCAGAUUUUGAUGGAGAUGAAAUGAACUUGCACUUGCCCCAAACCGAAGAAGCUAGAGCUGAAGCUCUUAUUUUAAUGGGGAAUAAAUCAAAUUUGAUUACACCAAAAAAUGGAGAGAUUCUUAUUGCGGCAACACAGGACUUCAUUACUGGAGGCUAUCUCUUAACCCAAAAAGAUGAGUUCCUAACUAAAGAACAAGCCAUGCAGCUAGCCGCAUGUAUGUUAGCAGGUUCGGAUUCUAGUAUGCGAAUCGAAAUGCCGCUUCCAGCUAUUUUGAAACCAAGAAAAUUAUGGACGGGAAAACAAAUAUUCAGUCUUUUAAUGCGACCGAAUAAUGAUUGUCCAGUUAAAGUUAAUUUGAUUACAAAAGGGAGAAAUUAUACAACAAACUAUGAUUUGUGCGUAAGAGACUCAUGGGUCAUAAUCCGAAAUUCGGAAUUGCUUUGCGGGUCAAUGGACAAAGGAACUAUGGGCUCAGGAACAAAAAACUGCGUUUUCUAUGUAAUUUUAAGAGAUUUUGGAGAAGUGUUUUCCACAAAAUGCAUGUGGCGACUUGCAAGGAUGGCAUCCUUCUUCAUGCAAAACCGUGGGUUCUCGUUUGGAAUCAGUGAUGUUACUCCCAGCUCUAAACUGCUUGAAGAAAAGCAAAAACUACUCGAUAAAGGAUACCGUAAAUGUGACGAAUAUAUUAUUCAAAUGAAAAAAGGCACCCUUCAAUGUCAGCCUGGCUGUACUCCAGAACAAACUCUGGAGGCUGUUAUGCUACGAGAACUGUCCAGUAUCCGUGAGCAGGCAGCAAAAGCCUGCUUCCGUGAACUGCAUCCCACAAAUAGUGCACUUAUAAUGGCAUUAUCUGGCUCCAAAGGUUCUAAUAUUAACAUCUCUCAGAUGAUUGCAUGUGUUGGCCAGCAAGCCAUCAACGGAAAACGUGUUCCGAAUGGAUUUGAAGACAGAGCUCUUCCACAUUUUGAAAAACUUUCAAAAAUACCAGCAGCCCGAGGUUUUGUUCAAAACAGUUUUUUUUCUGGUCUAACACCAACUGAGUUUUUCUUCCACACAAUGGGUGGACGUGAGGGUUUGGUAGAUACCGCUGUAAAAACUGCUGAAACUGGAUAUUUGCAACGGAGGUUGGUUAAGUGUCUCGAAGAUUUAGUCGUGCAUUAUGAUGGUUCAGUUCGAAAUGCCAUAGGUGAAAUCGUUGAACUUAUUUACGGCGGAGAUGGUUUGGAUCCUGUAUUUAUGGAAGUUAAAAAUAAACCUGUGGAUUUCUGUAGGCAGUUAAAUCAUUUACGUGCCGUUUAUCCAUUCAGAGAAGAAAAGGCCCUUAAAUCAAAUGAUAUAGCGCCAUUUGCAAGAAAAGUCUUAAAAGAAAUUGAAUUUUCCAAUUCACGUAAAGACUUUCAAAAGGAAGCUUUAGCUUUCAUUGAUAAAAUAAGUAAGCGUGUCGGUGAAAUCCAAGAGCGAUACAAGAACAACCGAAACUUGGGCAAUGAAAUUGAACGGCUCAGUGAAGGACAAAUUCGGACGUUUUUGGAAAGGGUUAAUGAUAAGUACAAUCGUGCGGUUACUGAACCAGGAACAGCUGUAGGUGCUGUUGCAGCGCAAAGUAUUGGAGAACCAGGAACACAAAUGACGUUAAAAACUUUCCAUUUCGCUGGUGUGGCUUCGAUGAAUAUCACACAGGGAGUACCGCGUAUUGUAGAAAUCAUAAAUGCAACCAAAACUAUUUCAACACCAGUUAUAACCGCUGAAAUCGACAAUAAUACCAGUAUGGAAUUUGCUCGGAAAGUCAAAUCUCGCAUUGAAAAGACAACACUGGGAGAAAUUUCCUCAUAUAUUGAAGAAGUUUACAAGCCAAAUGAUUGUUUUCUCGUUGUGAAGCUCGACCUUUAUCGUAUAAAAGUUUUGGGAUUAGAAAUUAACGUUGAUACCAUCCGUUACUCCAUUUGCACCUCCAAAUUACGUGUGAAGCCUGCCUUAGUAGACGUUGUUGGUUCUUCAGUACUUAUAGUACGAAUUGAUAGCAGCAAACAUGGCAGCGCCUUGAAUGCUGAGCUUCAACGUUUAACUGCUUCUAUUCAAAAUGUUGUGGUCGCCGGUCUUUCAAAUAUAUCACGUGCAGUGAUUGCUGUGGAUGAUACAGUUUCCCCUCAUACAUACAAACUUUGCAUUGAGGGGGCCGGACUCAGAGAUGUUAUGGCUACUUAUGGCGUUGUCGGUUCAAAGACAAAAAGCAACAAUAUUUGGGAGGUUUAUAAUACUUUAGGAAUAGAAGCAGCCCGUACAACGAUUAUGACUGAGAUUACUGAUGUCAUGGAAGGUCAUGGUAUGACCGUGGAUCAUCGUCAUAUAAUGUUGCUGGCAAGUCAAAUGACUAGUCGUGGAGAGGUUUUGGGUAUCACCCGACAUGGCUUAGCAAAAAUGAGGGAGAGCGUCUUUAAUUUAGCAUCGUUUGAGAAGACUGCUGAUCACCUUUUUGAUGCUGCAUACUACGGUCAAACUGAUGCUGUUGAUGGAGUUUCAGAAAGAAUUAUUUUGGGUAUGCCAGCCGCUAUUGGAACGGGCCUUUUCAAACUCGUACAUAAUCAUAAAGAUACACACCUGCUGCCUUCGGUGUUACCUCUAUUCAAAAUAUCAGCCCUAGGAUAAAUACUAGUUUACUGUUUUUUUUUUGACAUUGUAAUUUUAUUUAAUUAAUUAAUUUUUUAUUUCAACUUAAAGAAUAAAUUAAACACCGUA